AAUUUAUUUUUGACGCACAUGUUAAGAACAAACUGCGACCUUGAGUUCGGUGUUUUUGUCAUAUUAUUAAGUAAAUGACUUUGGAUAAAGAAGAUAAUUUUCAAUAUGGUUCUCAUGCGAUUGAGCGUCGAGGGGCGUUGCGUCAGAAGAAUGUCAUUGAGGUCAAUGGUCAUAAAUUUGUUGCUAAGUUUUUCAAGCAAUUUACAUUUUGCGGCCAUUGCAAGGACUUUAUAUGGGGUCUUGGAAAACAAGGAGUCCAGUGUCAAAUAUGCUGCUUUGCUGCUCAUAAGAGAUGCUAUCAAUAUGUAGCAUUUAAGUGUCCUGGUGCUGAUUUGGGUCCUGAAUGUGAUUCUAAAAGGCGUCAUAAAUUCAAACUGCAUACUUACUCGAGUCCCACAUUUUGUGACCACUGUGGUUCACUUCUAUAUGGGCUUGUUCAGCAAGGUUUGAAAUGUCAAAACUGUGGCAUGAAUGUACACAAGAGAUGUGAAAUGAAUGUUCCUCACCUCUGUGGCGUAGACAACACAGAGAGAAGAGGACGAAUAUAUCUCAAGAUUAGCUGGCAAGAUAACAGAUUUUUAGUUGAAGUUAAAGAAGGCAGAAAUCUUAUUCCAAUGGACCCAAAUGGUCUUGCUGAUCCUUAUGUUAAAAUCAAAUUUGGACCAACUGACGAACUUGGACGCAAAUUCAGAACCAAAACAAUAAAGUCUAAUCUAAACCCUGUAUGGGAUGAAAAGUUUACCAUUGAUCUACAUCCAGAUGAUGAGUCAAAGAGACUGCAUUUUGAAGUUUGGGACUGGGAUCGUACAUCACGUGACGAUUUCAUGGGUGCUUUAUCAUUUGGAGUUACAGAAUUAGUUAAAAAGCCGAUUGACUGUUGGUUUAAACUACUAAGUCAAGAAGAAGGUGAAUACUACUCGAUUCCUUGUACGACAGAAAGUAAUACUCCACCAUAUGCAGAAAUAUCUUCCGAAUAUGAGUCACAAUUUAAAGCAGAUAUUUACAGUGAUGAUAAUGAGAAUCUGCAAAACUGUCCAACAAAAUUACGUGAUGUAGUCAGAGCAACAGAUUUCAAAUUUAUCAAAGUAUUGGGCAAAGGAAGUUUUGGAAAGGUAAUGUUAGCUGAACGUAAAGAUACAGAUGAACUUUAUGCUGUGAAAAUUCUAAAAAAAGAUGUUGUUCUACAAGAUGAUGAUGUAGACUGUGCAAUGAUUGAACGUCGAGUAUUAGCAUUACAACGUAAACCACCAUUUCUUGUUCAGUUACAUUCUACAUUUCAAACUAUGGAUCGAUUAUAUUUUGUAAUGGAAUUUGUCAAUGGUGGUGAUCUAAUGUUUAGAAUACAAAAGGAAGGAAAAUUUAAAGAACCUAUUGCUGUAUUUUACGCUGCUGAAGUAGCCGUUGGUUUAUUUUUUCUACAUGAUAAAGGAAUUAUUUAUCGGGAUUUAAAAUUGGAUAAUUUACUGCUCGAUGCUGAUGGACAUAUUAAAAUAGCUGAUUUUGGAAUGUGUAAAGAUGGUAUUACAGGUGACGUUACAACACAUACAUUUUGUGGUACACCAGAUUAUAUUGCACCUGAAAUACUCCUGUAUAAACCUUAUGGUAAAUCAGUAGAUUGGUGGUCUUAUGGUGUUUUGCUAUAUGAAAUGUUAGCUGGUCAGCCUCCUUUUGAGGGUGAAGAUGAAGAGGAUUUAUUUGCAAAUAUAUUACAACAUACUAUUCCUUAUCCUAAAAGUUUAUCCAAAGAAUCCGUUUCUAUUUGUAAAGCUCUGCUUACAAGAGAUCCAAUGAAAAGACUUGGAUGUGGUUCAGACGGUGAAAAGGAGAUUAAAGAACAUUUGUUCUUCCGACGCAUAGAUUGGGAUAAAAUUGCUCUGCGUUUAGUACAACCCCCAUACAAACCAGUUACUUUAUCACCACGUGAUACAAGUAAUUUCGAUAGUGAAUUUACAAAAGUCACUCCAGAAUUAUCACCAACUGAUAAAUUAUUUGUUAUGAAUUUAACUCAAACAGAGUUUAGUGGAUUCUCUUUUGUUAAUCCGGAAUUUAUUGUUGAAGUAUAAGAUUUUGACGUUUUCUUAAUUUCUUGUUUGUUUGCUUGCUUCUUUGUAUUACUCUUAAAAUUUCAUUAUGAUUAAUUACUCAGUUUCAGUAUGCCUCUAUAUUCUUUUCGAUUCAUCUAUUUAGUUAUCCAUGGUUUCUUACUGUUUUCUUCCGUUUUUUAAAUGCAUUUAUUAAUGACUUUUUUUGUAGAAAUGUUACUUCUGUUGUAUACAGAGAGUUUCUUUUAUUAUGUGGAUUCAUAGUGUUUGUAUAAUGUAUGUAUGUGUGAUUGUUACUUUGAGUUUAUGAAAUACGAAAUACAAAGAAUGAAACCAAAAUAAUGGUAAAUAAAUAAAUAUGAAUGUUGUCACUAGCUACCCUAUUGACAUAGUUGCCAUGUUACAUGAUAUUAUCAAAUGUUUCUGUGUUGCAUUUUUGUUUUGCUCAUAUACUUAUCAACUUCAACAAUGGCAAAUUUAUGACCAACCUAUUACUUUUCAAUUAUAUAUACAUAUAUAGAUAGAUUCAUACGGGAACUGUAUUAGUAUAAAAUCAUAUUCUUAGUAUUGGAUAAGUAUAUUGGUGUUCAUUAUUUCACAUUUGUUGUUCAAUUUCAAUGUGUUGUUUUCAGAUUUGUCAAAGUUUUAUUUUAAAUUAAGUAUCUCUUUAUUACUUUUCUCUUCCUUACUCUGUAUUUGCUCAUUUUUACUUUAUUGUGAUAUAAUUCUUGUCGAAACUAUGUUUAUUUUAAUCGAUUUAAUUUGUACUUAUAUUUAUGUAAAAUACAUUAGGGAUACAUUAGUUUCGUUUAUAUAUAGACAUUUUUUUUCCAUUAUAUAUUAUUUUCAUUUUUUUGGAUGAAUGUAAAAUUCCUACCUUCAAUUACUGACUCGGAUGUGCAAUAAUAUUGAUGGUAUAUAUGAAUGAGAAAAAACAAAGCAUUCCAAUUAUGAAGUACUUUUACUACUAUCAAUAUAAAUAUGAUUAUAUUUGCAAUGGUAGCAGUAACAUUAGUGGUAGUAGUAGUAGUAGUGGUAGUGAUAGCAACUGAACUAAUAUAUUUGCUCGUUAACCUGAUCAUCAAUAAUUUACUUUAAUUCUUUGUGUAUUACACUAUUGUAACGUAUAAUUUAUUUUGAAUUUUUUUUCAUCCAUUUCCUUGAUAAUGUUUAAUUAUAGUCAAAUUUAGUUGUCGCUAUUGUUGUUGUUUGUUUGUUUGUUUCGUUUCGUUUUCAUAACAUCUGUAUCGGUUUUUCUUCUCCUUCUUUUCCUCCUUCUCCUCUUCCUCCUUAUCUCUUCCUGUGUGUUUAUUUUUCUUUGGUUUUGUUUCCUUUAUCAUGUGCAUCAAAUAUGAAACGCUAAACACUUCAAUAAGAUUCUCUAUUGUUUGUUAUUAUUGUUCAAAUGAAGACUGAUUUAAGAAAAUAAAAUGACAAAUGAAAUCAAUCACAACAAAAUAGAGACUUGAGAGUUUUCUUUGUUUGUAAGGCAGCUGUUCGCCCUGAUCUUUCUUGUUUUUUGUAUGUAUACAAACAAGUCAACGAUUAAGCACAUUUAUUACAUAACAAGCAGUUGUUUUCAUGUUUAUAAACAACCCUGUUUCAUUUUUGUCAUUUACAUAUUCUAAUUUGUUGAAAGAAAUCAUCGUUUUAUUCUAAUUUAUUCAUUUGUGAAUCAUUGUGUUUAUUCAUAAAAUUAUUAUUAGAAAAAAUAAAACGUUUUUCUAGAAAAAAAAUUUCUUUUUACUGUAAUUACUGUUUUAUUGAUUUUAAUUCAUAUAUAACAGUAAAUGUUAAAUCUUACACACUAGUUGGCUAAUCAAAACCUAAUUUCUACAGUCUUAACUACUCUACUACUGAAAUAAAAGCUUUAGAUAUUCCUAAUUUUGGCAAAUAAAAUACGUUAUUAUUACU